GUCAAUUCACAAAGCUUUUUUUGCCGAUACCGGUCGUUAUGUAAACGAUUUCACACGUUAUUGAAUCAAGUCCAAUUCACUAAACGAUUUAACGCUUGUAAAAAUCAUCAAAUAACGUUUCACUACACAGAACCGAUAUUUUUAGUUUUGAGUCGUUAUUGAACGUAUUGAUCGUUGUUUUAACGACUCAAAUCGUUAAAUAUGUACAGAAGUGCAAUUCACAAAGGUUUUUUAGACAAUUAACGAUCGCUAAGCAAUCGUUAAAUAAGCACCUCCCUGAGGGUGGCGUUAUGACAUUUCCCAGGCGAUAUUUCAUUUGUUGAGAGGAAUUUUUUGGCGGUUCAGGCUUGUGGUAAAUUUUGUUAGGAGUUUUGUGCAAGAUGGAACCAUUUGGAUGUGCUCUAUUUGAACUGAAACUGAUCCAGAGGCGAAGAAGGACACGUCAGAAUGUCGUUCAGAUAGAGAAACGUGUAUUUCGUUCACGUACCUUUUUGGAUCAAUUUUCUGAAACCCAGGUGAUAGCCAAAUUCAGAUUAUCCUCUCCCAUGAUAUAUUCCCUGUAUGAUGAAAUACACUUGGCCCUAGAAACACGCACGCGGAGAAGUAAUGCAGUACCAGGUCUUGUGCGUUUUUUGGCAGUACUUCAUUUUUUAGGAAAGGCCUCAUACCAACAUGUCAGUGGUGAGAUUGUUGGCAUCUCACAACCCAGUUUUUCCCGCUGCUUGGUCGAGGUCCUGCAAGCACUGCGACAACUUGCUCCAAAAUACAUACAUAUGGGCAAGUCACGUGAAGAGCGGGAUCAAAUAAAACGUGUUUUUUUUGACCUAGCAGGAAUGCCCAAUGUCAUUGGGGCAAUAGACUGCACCCAUGUGCCAUUAUGUCCCCCAUCAGAACAGGAGCACAUCUACCGAAACCGUAAGGCUUACCAUUCCCUCAACAUCCAGGUGAUCUGUGAUUCAAACCUCAUAAUCCGUGAUGUUGUCACCGGCUUUCCAGGAUCCUGUCAUGAUGCCCAUAUAUUGCGCCAAUCGGGAAUAUAUGAUACUCUGGACAAGGACUUAGAAAAUAAUGGAUGGCUGCUGGGAGAUGCUGGUUACCCCUGUCUACCAUGGCUCUUAACACCUAUCAACAGGCCAUCCUCUCCUGCAGAAGCAGCUUACAAUGUUGCUCAUACAAAAACAAGAGUGGUUAUCGAAAGAUGCUUUGGUGUCCUAAAGAGCCGUUUCCGUUGCAUGUCCUUGUCUGGUGGAUUCCUUCAGUAUUCCCCCAGUAAGGUAGCUGAUAUGUUCCUAGCAUGCAGCAUUCUCCAUAACAUUGCAAGGCAUGGAGGACUACAAGAGGAACUAGACACCACAGUGGAGGAUGACAUGCCCACAAUUCCAGUGGAAAAUGAUCACAGGGGAAACGCAGCAAGAAGUAAACUGAUUACAAACUAUUUUUCAGGUAAUGAACCACCGUAACAUGUUUUUAAUUUUCCAAACAUCAUCAGAAAUGAUCACAAACUUGCAUUAUUAAGUUGAAGAGACAGACAUGCUGUAAAAUGAAUUAUUUGGGCUGAUCUUGUUUAUCAAUGUCAAAUCUUAACCAAUGAUGUUUUUUUUAUGAUUUCAGGUUAACUCAACUCUAAAAACUUUGGAGAAAUAACAUAAAAUUAAGACAAGAGUACAAAAAUUGCAAAAAAAUGAAUCUUUAUUUUGUUUUUGUAUUUUCACUUUGUUUUACUUCUUUUGCAUUUAUUUUUUAUCUUGUAAAACAUUGAACAUUAACAGUUUCAAACAUAUAAAAUAAAAGUUUCACUUAAAAGUCUUCUACAAAACAAAAGUGUGUUUGAAUUCUUUAUUGCAACAAGUGUAAGUGUGGGUUAUACACGCAAAAAUUCUGUUCAUCUGCUAAUAAGUACCAACAUUUUUUUGACAUUAGUGAGAAGCAAUAAAAUAGAAGACCGAACUGUGUGCCAAAGACAGUUGAAAUGCUGCAGUUGCCUGAAACCAUGUCCUUGCCAGAAAGAUGGUGAAUGAAAUGAGUGCUGUUAACUGCGUUGUGUGGGAGAGGGGAGAAAUGAAAUAAAACUAAAAUAAAUACCACCAAUUGACGUAAUGGCAGAUGGCUAUAGCCAACCUAAGGUAAGGAGAGUAAGUGACCUGUAAAGAAGCCGUUGAUAUGCAAACCAUUAAAUAACACAAUAAUUGAAUCAUAAUAUUAUAUUUUUGGUGUUAUUUAUUGUUUUGUAUAUCAUCACCUUCAUCACUGGUCACUUAACUCUACCUUUGGUUGCCUAUAGUCAUCUACCAUUACCCCAAAUGUUACAUAUAUUUUAAUUUCUCCUCUCCACCCCACACCGCAGUUACCAUUACUCAUUUCAUUACUGAGAAACAAUGCACGUUAGUUAAAAUGUUAACUAUUCCACGCAGGGCAUUUGAAAGAUGGAAUAGCGGUUGUCUACAAAUUGCAGAAACAUUUUUAACCUCAUUAGUCAGGAAAUGAUACCUACAUUCCAUACCAAUAACAUGUGGUUUCAAAAGUAACAGAAGUCAAAUUACAGCCAACACAACAUCAAAAAUAUAUGGUUGGGCAAGAUGGAGUAUGCAACCAUUUGGAUGUUUGUUUUUUUAAUAUGAAUCAAACUACCGGCGAAGAAGACGACGUCAGCAACUAAAAUAUGUAUAUUUUGUUUUAAACUUUACAGAAACACAGGUGAUAUCGAGAUUGCAAUUAUCAGCUACUUUGCUUUAUUCUUCAUAGGAGAAAAUACACAUUACUUUUGAAAACCACACAGAGAAACAUGGUCCUUGCUGUGACAACAACAAUGGAUGGCGCAUUUUAGUCACAGAGUACAGAUACAAAUCCAAGCACUUGAGUGAAAAUAUCAAUAAUUUACAUCCACGUGGAUAAAAUAUAAAAAAAAAAUUUUUAGAUCCAAUAGUGUGCCUUCCUGACGGAAGAAAAGCAUGACAAACCUGUCACAUUUUCUGCUGUGACAAAGGGUGUCUGUUUCAAAUGCGUAGACGUGAUGUUAUGUGAUGUAUUCUCCUAUUAAACGAAUAUGAUUGAUGAUUUUAUGUAGUGCUGAUGAAUUAUAUCUCUACUCUGUAACUUCAACUCUAGUAUUAUUGAUAGUUCACUUCUACUUUUCAACAAUCCUACCACUUUUUUGCCUUACAACAAAAAAAUGGUUCUGCUUUUGAACAAAAAAUAUACAUGUUAAAACAAAUAUUUGACAAUAUUGUUGCACUUGCAUUUCAACGUGUAUAUACAAACAAUUAUGAAAACCGUAAUGAUAACAGUAAUGAAUACUAGAACAUGCUUGAUAGAUAAAAAUAGAUUUCACAUAAUUCUCAACCUUUUUUGAAAUGUUUUCAGAGGCAAUAAUGUCAUAGAAAAAAUCCCAUAUAACAUUAAUUGUAUAUCUAUUGAAAAUAAAAUCAAAGCUACAUAACUGUCUAAAGACGUUUCAUUGGUCAUCCAACCAGCUUGAUCAAUGAUGGCCAUUGAAACAUCUAAAACUCAAAUACAAACGUCAUGUUGAUUACACAUAUUUGGUACAGAUCUGCAACGACAUGGUCAAAUGAGAUAUUUAACUGGAAAAAGCAUCUAUAUAGCAGUCAACUUUGGGCAAUAUAUGACUUAACAAUGUUGCGUGCUGAGUAAAAAUUUAAAGAACAAAUGUUUGCAAGCUCUUUAAAUUCAAACUCAGUUGUGAAUUAUGUGAAAUGUAUUAAAAAAAAAAAUUGUACUUCUUAUAACAUUUAAAUAUCCUGAAUAGUAAAAUUAUCAAUAGCAUCAUUUUCGAUAAUACUUUCACAAACAAAACUGCUGUGGUUGCUGCUGGUUAGAUUCCGAGCAUUAUGAGAUUGCUCACCAGGAGAUGGCAGAUGUGCUUCUAAGAGUUCAGUUAGUUUGGCCAUAAAGGAGAGCUUCUGCUGGCGAUAGGUGUGUUGAGCUGCAUUAUGUUGCUCUAGGAGAAUAUUAGAUUUGCAUAUGUUACUAUUUAGGUUAUCCAAUCUCUGCAUGAGCUGUUCUCUAAAAUUUUGUUGUUCACUAUGAAAUCUAUCACUCUGUUCUCUAUCAAAAUGGUACUGUUCCCUAUCCAUGUUUCGGGUCCUACAAAUUGUUCUCCUGUCUCUAGGUCUGCUUAACUCUGGGGGUUCAGUAGCAACCACAUCAGGAGUACCCAGGAUGGGUGUAUCUAAAGUUAUAUGGUUGGUCACAGUUGGGUUUGGCAUUACUUCAGAAGCAUUUACAUUACUAGCAUUUUCAUGACUAGAUUCUUCUAGGAAAAGGGUGAUUGAUUCCUCAGGGUUGCUUGGUGGAUCAUCCUCCACCUGGAAGUAGACAGACGGCUGUGCAUUCAAAGAGUGGUCACUUUCAAUUUCUGCUUCUGACACUAACUGCCUUUUGUCAGCACCCUCUUCCAAAUAAAUUUAAAACAAAAUGGUUAACCGGAUAGCUACUGGCGAUCAACAUUUUUUAUUAAAAAAAAUUACUUUGAGAAAGAUUUAAACCAUUUUAAAAACAUUUAAACACACACAAUUGUGCACCAGUUGGUUAUCUUGAAGAUACAAGAUGGAAGUAUAUGAGAACAUGUUAAAUGUUUGGAUUUCUCACCGUUUUCAUGGUGCCUCGAGGUAUCAAAACCAGCCUUGAUGCCAACAAUGGAAUCUAGAUCUAUGUAUGGACGCAGUAACUCUUCAUACUGGUGGUAAACUAUUUUCUUCUCAGGGCCACCCCCUGUUGCUUUUCUUGAAUUAUAAGAUAAAUAGAUGUUA